AGCAUUCCUCUCUUCUUCUCCUGUCGCAAGCUCCCGAGCAGACUGCAUCCCGGUAGUCAGUCAUGGCCAUCGUCAACUUCAUCCUGUCACCCUGGGCGCCGGUGGCCCUCUUGGCUGCGGCGGUGGUUUACUAUGUCUACCCAUACCUUGUAACCUACCGACACCUGAGGCACAUUCCGGCGCCGUUUCCCGCCCAAUUCACGAAUUGGUGGUUGCUGUUGGUCUGCCGGCGGGGCAAUCGAUACGAAACGGUGGACAAGCUGCACAAGAAGCUGGGCCCGGUCGUGCGUAUCCAGCCAAACCACGUCAGCCUCUGCGACGACGCGGCCAUCCAGGUCGUCUACGGCCAUGGCAACGGCUUCUUGAAAUCGGACUUUUAUGACGCCUUUGUGAGCAUCCAGAGGGGCUUGUUCAACACUCGGGAUCGCGCCGAGCACACGCGCAAGCGCAAGAUCGUCUCGCACACCUUCUCGGUCAAGUCGGUCGCCCAGUUCGAGCCCUACAUCCACAGCAACCUCGAGCUCUUUGUCCGGCAGCUGGACAACCUGAUCGCCCGGUCGACCAACCCCGAUGGCGCGGCCCAUCUCGACUGCCUCCACUGGUUCAACUACCUCGCCUUCGACGUCAUCGGCGACCUGGCGUUUGGCGCUCCGUUCGGGAUGCUGUCCUCGGGCGCCGACAUGGCCGAGGUCCGCGCGUCGCCCGAGAGCCCGCCCAUCUACGCGCCCGCCAUCGAGAUCCUGAACCGCCGCGGCGAGGUGUCGGCGACGCUCGGCAUCCUGCCGGCCCUCAAGCCGUACGCCAAGUACUUCCCGGACCCCUUCUUCAGCCGGGGCCUCCAGGCGGUCGAGAACCUGGCAGGGAUCGCGAUCGCGCGCGUCAAGGCCCGGCUCGAGAACCCGCCGCCGUCGCACCGCAAGGACCUGCUGCAGCGCCUGAUCGAGGGCCGCGACGAGAAGGGCGAGCCGCUCGGGCGGCAGGAGCUCACGGCCGAGGCACUGACGCAGCUCAUCGCCGGCAGCGACACGACGUCCAACUCGUCGUGCGCCCUCCUCUACCACGCGGUCCGCACGCCGGGGGUGAUGCAGAAGCUCCAGGCCGAGCUCGACGCGGCCAUCCCCGCCGACAUGGACGUGCCGACCUUCGACAUGGUCCGCGACCUGCCCUACCUCUCCGCCGUCGUCAACGAGACGCUCCGGUUCCACUCGACCUCGGGCAUCGGCCUGCCCCGGCAGGUGCCCCCGGACGGGCAGGGCGUCCACUUUGGCGGGCACUACUUCCCCCCCGGCACGGUGCUGAGCGUGCCGACGUACUCGAUCCACCACUCCAAGGAGAUCUGGGGCCCAGACGCGGACGAGUUCCGGCCGGAGCGGUGGGAGAGGCUGACGCCGAGGCAGAAGAACGCCUUCAUCCCCUUCAGCCACGGCCCGCGCGCGUGCGUGGGGAGGAACGUGGCCGAGAUGGAGAUGAAGCUCAUCGUGGCCACGUGGGCGCGGCGGUACGACGUGUCCCUGAGGCAGGCGCACAUGGAUACCAGGGAAGGAUUCCUGAGGAAGCCGUUGGGGCUGGAGAUUGCGUUGAAGAGGAGGAAGAGGGACUGAGACCGAGUUGGUUUCAAUUUUUGUAACGGGGGCGCACACGACGUAACUCUGCACGUCCGUACGUACCAAUGUAAAUAAAUACAUACACAUGACCGCCAUAACCAAUGACCUUGUUUUUAGUAUUAGGUACCGGCACCAAGCUUGGAACAAAGAUAUUUUUGGCUUUGCAUACCAUCUCUGCUCUGGAUUGAGUAUUCACAUUAUUAGGCUGACCCGUCCCUUCUCGCUAACAGCCGCGAGGCCCUUCAUGACGAGCCAGCCGGCCAGGACGGCGUGAAGCCACCUGCCGAGGGGGCGCUCCAGCAGCAGGGGUGCCUCGUCGCCCUGCCUGCGCCACAUCCACGUCUCGUUGACGAACACGACCCGCCCGUCCUCCCCCCGCGUCUCCAGCCCGGCCACGACGAUGCCCCUCACCACGGCCGGGCCGCCGC